AUGGCCGCAUCGGUUUCUCGUUCGACUCAGCCACCGCCAGACACUUCGAGCCAGCUCGCAGAAACCGCCUUGGAAGUAUUACCUCGAGAUUCCCACACUUCUUCGAAAAUUUUCAAGCAGCCUCGUCCACAGAUGACCUGCCUUCCAGGAUGCGAUGAUGUGAACACUGAAGCUCAGUUGGAGUGA